AUGAAGGAUAGUAAAGCUGUGUACGUGACGAAGAACUUGAAAGUCUACAAUCGUAACGUUGCGUUGUAUCCGAGCGAAAUUAUAAAUCAAAGUUGCCUUAAAGAGUAUGAGUUUUGCAGAGAUUUUUCCUGCCAAUUCGACAAUAAGACGGACGUACUUUGCACUUGUAGAAAGACUCGAAAGAGAUAUUAUUUAUCCCACGACGUGUACCGAGCGCAGGAAAGAUAUCCCGCUUGGAAGAGUUUCACAGAGAUCGGCGUCGGUAGUGUAAAGACAUUGCCGAAACAGAGAACGAAAAGAAUUUAUUUGCCAGAGACUCGGGAUAAAGGCAUUGGUUCUUCUGACUUGUUGCUGGAGCGACAACAUAAACACUGCGAAUACAGCUAUUAUGAACAAAAAAGGACUUCAUCUAAAUGCGUCGGUGGUAUUUUAGACACUAACAUGUCCGUGGUUAAUCAAAAGCUAUCCCCAAUUGUCCAGACAAAAUCGGGUACGACGAGCCCAGUACCCGCAACAGUUUCAGCCCCUACGUUAGAUCUAGAUGUAAACAGCCCUCAGAAAAAUAAGAUCAAAACUCAAACACAAAUAAUCGAUCCCAAAAUAUGUAAGAGAAGUAAAGACAAGCUUAUGAAACAAGUGACACGAGAAAUAGUGCCAAAAAAUGAAGUCGUGGGAAAAAUAAAAAUUACAGUUAACCAACAAGCAAGAAUCGAAAAAGAUUAUUCAUCGGAUUCCUUAGUUCAACAUAUACAUAAUUUGGAAAAUCCUAGCUUUGACAAACAAAGCAAAACAUCCUUGGAUCCUAUGGAAAACAAACUUGAAAGAGAGUAUAGGAAAAUGUUUGCUACUGAAAAUAAUGAGUCUGUAACUAAAACUAGCAUGGAAAAGCCAAGUUCGGACCUAAAAAGACCAUCUGCCUUACGUAGACGUUUCGAGAGUUUGAGAAAAGGUAUAUGCAAGAAGGAAGAUUCUACCAAGGAAGCUGUCGUAGAUAAGAUAGGCAGCCGCAAGAGUAUUUUAAGCAGAAAGGAUGUAUCAAUAGCAUCUGACCCACCGUCACUUGAAGCUAAAUCUUAUUCGAAUACAAAAAUAUAUAGUCCUUAUACGUCAUUUACUCAGCCAUAUAAAACUUAUAAUCCCACUGUAACAAUAAAGAAGUCACCAGAAAAAAGGCAAGGACCGAGUGGUAAUUGGUCUACUGACAUCGUCGACAGUGAGUGCCAAAGCGUAAGAGGUAUGUUUAAGUUAUGGGGUAAAAAGUUUAAUUUUGAAGAAGAUAAUUACAAAAAAACCAUUCAAUAUACUGGUAAGACACCAGAGAAUGUAGUAGAAAUAAUCGUUCCAGAUAAACGUGGAAAGGAGAAAAAGGGCAGCAAGAGAUUUUUCUUUUUUUAA